AUGCUCAGCGGCGACGACGACACGGGCAGCGACGACUGGCUGGACACGCUGCCGCAGACGGAGCACGGCCGCUUCUUCCGCCAGACCGACUGGGCGGGCAGCAGGCUGGGGCCGACGGCGACAUGGAACCCGACGCUGCGCCUCUUCACGGGCUUUGUGCUGGCCGACUCGCGGCCGGCGUGUAUGUGGUGGGGACCCGACCGCAUCGCCAUCUACAACGAAACCUACAAGACGCUGGCCGCCGGCCUGCAUCCGGCGCUCAUGGGCGCCACCUUCGAGGAGGGCUACCCCAAGCUCGACGUGCGCAGCUACUUUGAGCAGGCGCGCACCUCGGGCGCCGGCGUCGACGUGCUCUCGGGCGCCUGUCUGGUGCUCGAGCGCAACGGCUUCCCCGAGGAGACCUUCUUCUCGGCCAGCGUCGUGCCCAUCGGCCCCGUCUACCGGCCCGAGGGCUUCUACAACACGGCCUCGGAGGUGACGAGCCAGAAGCUGGUCGACCGCCGCACCUCGAUGCUGAACGCGCUCGCCUCGGUGCCCGCCCAGACCGUCCACGCCGUCACGGCCCACAUCCUGGCCACGCUGCGCACCAAUCCCAAGGACAUUCCGCUGGCCAUGCUGUACCACAUCAGCAACGACGUGGUGCGUCUGCAGGGCCACAUCGGUCUCCCCGCCGCCCACCGCCUCAUCGUCACAGAAUGCUCUCUCGACAACCGCGAGGGCCUGCUGCCAGACAUGCGCCGCGCCGGCCACGCCGCCCUGAUCAUCGACUGCGACGACCGCUUCGACGCCGUCGAUUGGCAGGGCUGGGGCUCGCCCGCGGCCAAGAUCGCCAUUCUGCCCAUCAUGAGUGGAUCGCUACUGGUUGGCUACCUGGUCCUGGGCACCAACCCCUAUCGCCCGUACGACGAAGGCUGUCAACAGUUCAUCCGGGACGUCCACCGCAUGGUGUCGAGCAUCGUGUCGUCUGCAAUUGUUUCCGACAACACCAAGCAGCGCCAGGACCAACUCGAGGCCGACCUCGCCUUCAGCGAUCUCAAGCUGCGCCAUCUGAUCAACCACGCCUCGGUCGGAAUGUGCCAUGUGUCGCUCGAAGGUGACAUGUUGUGGGCAAACGACCAUUAUUACGCCCUGGCAGGAUCCACGGCAGAAGCACACAAAGUCCGAAUGUCCAUGUUCAACCCCUACCUCGACGAAGACCGCCACAUCGUACUCAAACUUUGGGAAGAGCUUCUAGCGGGCGUGGAACCCAAGACGGUCGAGUGUCGCUUGAAACGCUUGUACACCUCGCCCAGUGGCGAUUCCACACCAGCCGAAAUCCAGAUCUUGGCUUUUCCCUACCGCGAUCCUGCAACCCUCGAGGUGAAAGGCGUCAUGGCUUGCACCACAGACAUCAGUCGUCUCAAGUGGGCUCAGACUUUCCAGGCUCGAUUGGCGGCAGAAGCCAGGGAGGCUAAGCGACAACAGGAAGCGUUCAUCGAUGUCGUGUCCCACGAAAUGCGAAAUCCGCUCAGCGCUAUCGUGCACUGCGCCGACAGUAUCGUCACUGCCAUCGAAGAGUGUCGUGUCCAACUUUCACGCAUACCCGAGCCUGUUGUGGGCGCUCUGGACGACAACUUGCAGUCGGCCAGGAUCAUCAUGCAGUGCGCCGACCACCAAAAGCGUAUCAUCGACGAUGUCCUUACUCUGAGCAAGCUUGACUCGAUGCUCUUGUCCAUCAUACCAUCCGCCGUCAAGCCCACAAAACUCAUUGGCUCCAUUGCCGACAUAUUCGAAGCAGAAUUGAAAAGCAACCAUAUUCAUUACAGCGUGAACGCCGAUGACUCUUUGACAAAACUAGGCAUCGACUACCUUCUAUUAGAUCCAUCACGAGUCACCCAAAUCUUCAUCAAUCUUCUCACAAACGCUAUCAAAUUCGUUAAACCUUCCAAGAAACCCUUCAUCUCGAUCAAGUUUGGCGCACGUGUAUCCAACCCUCGAGCGUUUUUUCCCGAGAACAUGUUCUGGGCGAACGAGAGUAAGAAGAAUGGCGACGUGACAAGCAAUCCAGAGUGGGGUUCGGGAGAAGAGGUCUAUCUUGCAUUCAGUGUUCAGGAUUCCGGAAUCGGCCUCAAAGAGCAUGAGAUUCACCAGAUCUUCGAGCGAUUCAAGCAGGCAAAUGUCAGAACACACGUUAAGUACGGUGGAAGCGGGCUCGGUCUUUUUAUCAGUAAAGAACUCACCGAAAAACAAGGCGGCGAAGUUGGCGUAUCUUCAGUCUUCGGCGAAGGAUCGACGUUUGGAUUUUACGUCAAGACACGUCGCGUGGAACGGCAACCUGAGUCACUUGAAACCAUGUCGAACGACAACAAGAGCAUUUCCGGUACCCAUCAACUGCAAGUCCUGCUUGUGGAAGACAACCUGAUCAAUCAGCAAGUCCUAGGCAAGCAACUCAAGAGAGCAGGCUGUGUCGUAGAAGUGGCGAAUCACGGUCUCGAAGCGUUGAAUGUUCUUGAACAAAAGACCUUUGACGUUGUGCUCAUGGAUCUUGAAAUGCCGGUGAUGAAUGGUUUAGAGGCGAUGCGCAGGAUUCGUAAAAAAGAGGCUACUGGUGAGAGUUGGGUCGACCAGUCGCCAGAUCCAUGUGCAAGACGACCUACGAGAUUACCCGUCAUUGCUGUCACUGCAAACGUGAGGCAGGAACAAAUUGACACUGCAAUUGCAGCUGGAGCGGAUCGCGUCAUGCAAAAACCAUUCAAAGCGGCUGAUCUAGUAUACUUGAUAAAAUCUCUCCUUCCUUCACCCGCGAGUAAUGGAGUUCCAAAACCUGGACCGAAUGAUACGCCGAAUGGGUUCACCUGA